UUGAAACUGAAAAGGAGCACAACUAUAAGGAUUUAUGGAGAAUGACUCACAUAAACAACAACGGAGAAUGGAUAAAUGAUGCUUCUAAGAAUAUUCAUAUGAGGGUUGAAGAAGCUUCUUCAUAUCACCUAGAAGCUGGAUAUGGGAACACUGAUAAAGAUUUAAUUAUGAAUAUUGCUUUUAAAUCAGUUGUGGGAGAGCGAUCGGGAUAUUGUCGUGGCUUGGGAGCUGGAAUUAAAACCCUAAAGGGAAGGCCUGGUUUGCAAGAACAAUUAGAAAAGGAGUGUGAAAAAAGUCAAGAUUUAGAGAUGAAGUUAAAAGAAGUUGAGACUCAACUCGGAAAAGAGCGAAACAUGAGGGAAGAAAUGACGGCAAAAUUUGAAGAGAGUCAAAGGCAACUAGGGGAAAAGAUGGAGAAACAAGUUGAGGAAAAAAUGGCAAAUAUGUUUAGUCAAAUGAUGAAUUUCAAAGGUAUCGGUGGACAAUUUUCUAGUGCACUUAAUAUAAUGUAUGAACUUGUUCACAAGGAUAAUAACAUGACUCCAGAAAUUGUUACAUUUAGUAUGCACAAAUGAUAGAUUUGUGCACCAUGCACAAUUUUCCCAUGGAAGGACAGCUGGCGGCAAUUUACCUGCUGGAUUAUUUUAAUGAAACAUAUUAUAUUGUAAAAUAUUCAUUUAUUGUUUCUGCUGCUCACACCCCCCUAAAAAACAACCAGUUAUCAGCAAUAACUUGUACACCCCCUACUAAACUUGAAACAUGAAGAGUAGUAAUUCAACUCUUUUCACUAGUGACACACCAGAAUAUAUCAUUUUUAGCUUUGUUUCCCUUCUCCUUCAUGCUUAACAUUCUUCUUCAUCUCCAUAGCCACCCAUAUUUUUGACAUUUCCAGACAUCCUUUCUCCUUUGUGCUUAACUUAAAGUUCUUCUUCAUUAACAAAAUUGUUCAACAUUA